AUGAAAUCUUUGGUCACUUCUGAAUCGGAGUAUUCCGAUAAUGAAAGUGGCCAAGUAUUAAAACUAAAAUCAGCCAUGUCUAAAGUCCGCCUUAGUGCUUUAUCCUGCUUACAAACUAUUUUCAAAAGAUGUAGAAAAGCUACAUCUUUAGGUUAUUGGCAUUACUUCAUACCUGAUAGUACUGAAAGCAAAGCUCCAAGCAUUUUCACAUGUAUUACCAAGGACAAUUCAAUAAAGUGUCGCCAGGGUGGCCUAUUCUUGCUAACAGCUCUAUUCGAUGGUUCAAAGUCCUAUCUAACGGCUGCAAAUUACAAGGAUAAAUCGAAUGGACCUUUUAUCUCGUUUUCCUUUACUUUAGCAUCUAUGCUACAUGAAGUACAUCGCUCUUUAAUUAAAUCUUUACAACAAGCAAAUUCCAAUCAAUUAAUACUUCAAAUUCUUAAAUGUCUAGCCGUUGUUGUUACAAAUACUCCAUACAAUAGAUUGCAGGAAGGUUUCUUAUCCAAGAUAAUCGAUAGUAUCUUACAUUAUAUGUAUAAAAAAGAUCACAACAUUCGAGUAGCAUUUCUAGCCUGUCUUACAUCAGUUAUUUCAACUGAAGGACCAUCAUCAGAAAUGCAACAAUUGCUUUCUGCAUCAGUGUAUCCUGGCUAUAACUUUAAACCUAUAGAUAAUGCUCAUCCGUUAUCAAAUCACUCGCCAUGGCUUAUAAAGUUAUGCAGUAAUCUGUUAUAUGAGUCUAAGCAAGUUACGAAUUUAGAUGAUAGUAUGAACAGUUUAUCACUGCAGUCGCCGAUAGCAGAGGAUGCACUGCAAGUCUUAAUUGUGUUUGCUGCUAAUUAUCCUCAAAUCGUACGGAAAUCAUUACAUGACCUUAAAAACAUUGCCUCUGAUUGCAUGGCUGAUGGUGAUCGUAAGAUUACAUUGUAUGCUGUUAAACUGCUGGAAGAAAUUGCUCGUAUUAGGCAACGGAACAUUGCUGAAGCGGACGCAAAUAAUAAGGAAGCAUAUUUGCUUGAAGCGGUUAAUUACUGGAAAUAUCUCUUGUCUGAUGUGUUGCAAAAUCUCUCACAACCCAGUGUUAACAGCACGAUCCGUGCUGCAGGUUGUGAUUGUUUAUCUAUGAUUGGAGCUGAAGUAUUUCAGGAAUUACCAAUGACAUUAAGAAUUUUCUGUAUGACUACAUUACUCACGCUCUGUAAAGAUGAGAACCCUUUCGUUAAGGCUUCAGCGGUACGAUGUGUAGGGGUUUUUACGAUGUACCCAAUGCUACGCGAUGACACCUCAUUUACUGCUGAUUGCGUAAUUGAAAUACUAAAUGCUAUUGAAAAUAGUCAGCUAAAUGUUCGAGUAAAGGCUGCAUGGUCUCUUGCUAAUGUAAUUGAUGCGAUGGUAGUAAAUAGAUCACAGUAUCAUGAAAACUUUUCUAUGAAGCUUAUAUCGAGAAUUUACGCAGUAAUUCUAAAAGCUACAGAUGACAAUGAUAAGAUUAAGUUUAACAUAAUGCGUGCUUUGGGAAAUAUGCUGCAGUUCCUAUCAAGUAAUCAUCUCGAGAAGGAAGAGUUUCAAGACUACAUCAGCAAGUCCAUGGCUCUUUUAAGUAAAAGUGUUGGAUCCGGGAUGAUGAAGGUGAGAUGGAAUGCUUGUAGCGCGUUAGGAAAGAUGUUUCAAAAUACCGCAAUUGCUGUAGGAGCUAUUAAGUGGACGACAUCGGUAUUUAACACGUUGAUGUUUGCUAUCGAAACUUGCAAGAACUUUAAAGUUCGUAUCACUGCCGCGCAAGCGUUGUCAUCUGCUUCCGAUCGAAGAUGCUAUGGAGACCCAGCACUUUAUGCUAGUAUAUGGAAAAGUUAUGUUGUCUGCUUGAGUAGUAGUGCUGUGACAACAGAUUUCAAUGAAUAUAGACACCUCAAUAAUCUUAAGGAUCAGGUAGCUAUGCAUUUAAAUCAUUGCGGACAUUAUCAUGUCCUUUUAAUUUAUUUUUACAAUAACCAAUUCAAUUCUUUUAUUUUGUAG